AUGGCGUUCAGCGAGCAGCGAAAAGACUGGGACCCUCCAACGCAGCGGGUACAAGCUCAACGCUGCAUAACUCCAUCUCCAGGCGCACUUAAGAUUUCUAGUUUAGGCAAACAAUUUUGGGCUAGGCCUUCACUCGGCGUGGCGGAGCUUAUCUCAGCCUCCACAAGAGCGCUAAAAGACUGGGUUGCCAGACAUAAAACAAAUUACCGAAUAAUCUCGCGGCCAGUGGUGCCCUUCAGGGCCGGCGUUUUUGCCCCUCAGCCAGCAUGGGAUAUCGAGACGACAACAUGGAGUCGAAUAUCAUCCGGCGAGUUAACAAGGAUGUGGCAUGAACAAGAAAGUGGUGAAACACAUCAACGAUCAGCUUAUGGGGAAAGGGUCUCGGCACCGGAGCCAACAAUUGGGCGAAGGGUUGUUCAGCUUUGGGAACUAGUCCGUCCCUUACUCAGAGCUCUUUUCAGCUUUGAAGGCGGAGAUCCUUUGUGA